GCCAUCUGCUACCCACUCAGCUACACAACCCUGCUGACAACAAAGACUGUGGUCAGGUUCGGAACAGCCAUCCUUAUCCGAGCCUUUGUAAGCAUCUUGCCCUUCCCUUUCCUUGUGCUGAGGCUGCCAUUUUGUCACUCCCAACAUAUCUCUCAUACUUAUUGUGAGCAUAUGGCUCUAGUAAAACUAGCGUGUGGGAACACUACACCCAACAAUCUCUAUGGGCUGACUGUGUCGCUUCUCAUUGUUGGUGGAGACCUGACCUUUAUCUUCAUCUCCUACGGACUGAUCUUACAAGCUGUAUUCCAUCUGCCUUCAGUGGAGGCUCGUCACAAAGCCCUGGGCACUUGUGGGGCCCACGUAGCUGUCAUCAUCAUUCUGUACACACCUGGCCUCUUCUCCUUCCUCACCCAUCGCUUCGGGCAUAACAUCCCCCACAGUGUUCACAUCUUCCUGGCCAACAUCUACUUGAUGGUCCCCUCCAUGCUCAACCCUAUUGUCUAUGGCAUCAAAACAAAGGAGAUCCGUGAGCGGCUGCAAUGGACUUUUCAUCUUGGAAAAAGCCCCUCCAGACCUAAUAACUGGGGUUAG